AACCUGGGUAUCGGAAGAUCGGAUUCUGCGCAGGCCAAGCCAAGGCCGAUAGCCUACAGUACUUCUGGGUAGAUACUUGCUGCAUCGACAAGACAAACGCCGCCGAGCUCGCCGAAUCAAUCAACUCCAUGUUUCGCUGGUACCAGGAUGCUGCGAAAUGCUACGUGUAUCUCUCCGAUGUCUCUUUCGAUCGCGAUCGUAUACAUGAGCUCUCUCGAUCGACGUGGAUGCAAGAAUUUCGAAACAGCAGAUGGUUUACAAGAGGGUGGACGCUUCAAGAACUGAUAGCACCGGGCAUUGUUGAGUUCUUCUCUUCGAAUAAGGAACGGCUAGGUGACAAGAAGACGCUGAGCCAAGCGAUCCACGAAGCGACUGGUAUCCCGAUCCGCGUUCUUCAGGAGACUUCCCUUUCGGAGUGUACCGUUGAAGAACGGAUCUCGUGGUCAAAGACUCGCACGACCUCAAAAAGAGAGGACAGGGCAUAUUCCCUGCUUGGAUUGCUUUCCAUUUCCAUGCCGAUCAUAUACGGCGAAGGCGAAGAGCAAGCAUUUGAGCGACUUCGCGGUGAGAUCGCCAAGCGCUCUCCUCUAAAGGUGCUUACACAACUUCCUAUAGCUGACGGAGCCGCCUUCGAUUCGCUUGCGAACGAACACGGACAAUGUCUUUUAGGUACUCGAAUCGACAUCCUAGAUGAGAUCGUGCGAUGGGCGAACGAUCCUCAUUCGAAGACGGUCUACUGGCUGAACGGAAUGGCUGGGACGGGGAAGUCGACAAUAUCGCGCACGCUCGCCCAAAGGUUCUUAGAAAACAACUGUCUUGGAGCUACGUUCUUCUUCAAAAGAGGCGAGGGCGAUCGUGGCGGGAUGUCAAAGUUUUUUACAACGAUAGUCAGUCAACUCAUACAACAGUUGCCAGAAACAGCCAGGCAUGUACAGGCCACUAUCGAAGCAGAUCCUACGAUCACCUCAAAGGCCAUGGGAAAACAAUUCCAGAAGUUAAUCAUUGACCCGGUCUCCCAAAUUUCAUCUACCACUGAUUCACCUCGUACGUGUCUGAUAGUUAUUGACGCACUCGAUGAGUGCCAGGGGGAGGAAGAUGUUAAAGCCUUUAUCAAUUUAUUGACGAGCGCGAAGAAGGUGAAGAACAUACAGCUCAAAUUCUUCCUCACAAGCCGUCCGGAACUCCAUAUACUCAAAGAGUUUCAAGCUGCGAACGAUAAAUACCAAGAUUUCAUGUUACACGAGAUUGCGGAUUCAGUCAUCGAGCACGAUAUAACUGUAUAUCUAAAACAUCAGCUUGGCAGAGUUAGGGAAGACUUUAACCGAGGCUCUGCUAAGGACCAGCUUUUACCGGCAAACUGGCCAUCUCAGACAGCCUUCGCGACGCUCGUCAGGAUGGCUAUCCCACUUUUCAUUUUCGCCGCAACGAUCUGCCGCUUUAUCGACGACAGGCGGGUAGGCAGUCCGGACGAGCAACUCAAAGAGGUGUUGAAAUACGAAACAAAAAGCCAAGAAUCUCAACUAGACGCGACCUAUCUUCCGGUCCUUCACUCGAUGCUUGCUCGGCUCAACCAGAGAGCUCGUCAACGAGUUAUAAAUAGGUUCAACACUGUCGUUGGACCAAUUAUCACCCUUGCCACGCCAUUACCUAGGUCUGCGCUUGCUCAGCUGCUUAAUGUUACCAUAAGCACAAUAGAUGGAGCGCUUGAGACACUUCGCUCCGUCCUGAAUAUUCCUCGAGCCCCCGAUCGACCGAUCCGACUUUUGCACCUCUCCUUUCGUGAUUUCUUAGUGGAUCCGGCAAGGCGAGAAGACCCAUUUUGGAUUAAUGAACAAGAGGUUCACCAACAACUUGCCAAUCAUUGUCUUCAUAUGCUGAGUAAUUCGCUAAGAACCGAUAUAUGCAAAGUCAAAGCCCCUGGAACACUGGGCUCUUCCCUCCCCGCGGUUGAGAUCAACACACACAUAUCGCCCGAAUUACAAUAUGCAUGUCGCUUUUGGCUGUACCAUCUACACGAAUCACUACCUUCCGCUGCGGACACGAGUAGCAUUUGGCGUUUCUUAUCGUCGCGUUUUUUACAAUGGUUAGAGGCACUUAGUUGGAUAGGCAGACUCGCGGAGAGUUUAACCAUGAUCAAGUCUUUGCAAUCAAUUAUCCCAUUAGAAGAGUGUAAAGAGCUUACGGGAUUCUUAAGCGACUCAGCACGAUUUAUACAAGCCAUGGGGCCUAGCAUCCAAGCAGCCCCUCUUCAGGUAUAUUCAUCAGCAUUACUAUUUUCUCCUAAGGAAAGCAUUAUUCGCAACCUUUUCAAAGACAAUCUGUCAAAGUAUAUAGGGUUAGAACCAAAUAUGCCAUUAUUCUGGAGCCAGAAGCAGGCGACGCUCGAGGGGCAUACGAGUUCGGUUAAUUCGGUGGUGUUCUCGCCGGACGGCCAGCAGGUGGCGUCGGCGUCGGACGAUAAGACCGUCAUCCUUUGGUCGGCCGCGACGGGCGAGAAGCAGGCGACGCUCGAAGGGCAUACGGAUUAUGUUAGGUCGGUCGCGUUUUCGCCGGACAACCAGCGGGUGGCGUCGGCGUCGGACGAUAAGACCGUUAUUUUCUGGUCGGCCGCGACGGGCGAAAAGCAGGCGACGCUCGAAGGGCAUACGGAAUAUGUUAGGUCGGUCGCGUUUUCGCCGGACAACCAGCGGGUGGCGUCGGCGUCGGACGAUAAGACCGUUAUUUUCUGGUCGGCCGCGACGGGCGAAAAGCAGGCGACGCUCGAAGGGCAUACGGAUUACGUUAACUCGGUCGCGUUCUCGCCGGACGGCCAGCGGGUGGCGUCAGCGUCAAACGAUAAGACCGUCAUUCUUUGGUCGGCCGCGACGGGCGAAAAGCAGGUGACGCUCGAAGGGCAUACGGGUUAUGUCAGGUCGGUCGCGUUUUCGCCGGACGGCCAGCGGGUAGCGUCGUCAUCGAGCGAUAAGACCGUAAUGCUUUGGUCGGCUAAAAAGGGCGAAAAACAGGCGACGCUCGAAGGGCAUACAGAUUAUAUUAGGUCGGUCGCGUUCUCGCCGAACGGCCAGCGGGUGGCGUCGGCGUCAAACGAUAAGACCGUUAUCUUUUGGUCGGCCGCGACGGGCGAGAAACAAGCGACGCUCGAAGGGCAUACGGAUUACGUUAGCUCGGUCACGUUCUCGCCGGACGGCCAGCGGGUGGCGUCGGCGUCAAACGAUAAGACCGUCAUUCUUUGGUCGGCCGCGACGGGCGAGAAACAAGCGACGCUCGAAGGGCAUACGGAUUAUAUUAGGUCGGUCGCGUUCUCGCCGGACAACCAGCGGGUGGCGUCGGCGUCGCGCGAUAAGACCGUUAUCCUCUGGUCGGCCGCGACGGGCGAAAAGCAGGCGACGCUCGAAGGGCAUACGGAUUAUGUUAACUCGGUCGCGUUCUCGCCGGACAACCAGCGGGUGGCGUCGGCGUCGGACGAUAAGACCGUUAUCUUUUGGUCGGCCGCGACGGGCGAAAAGCAGGCGACGCUCGAAGGGCAUACGGAUUGGGUCAGGUCGGUCGCGUUCUCGCCGGACGGCCAACGGGUGGCGUCAGCGUCGCGCGAUAAGACCGUCAUCCUCUGGUCGGCCGCGACAGGCGACAAACAGGCGACGCUAGAUACCGGAUUUAUCGAUAAUUUACGUUUCGAUUUAAUAAGCACACAGCUCCUAACGAAUCGAGGGUCGUUUAUUAUAGAUUUUGCAGAUGGCAUUAGUUCUAAGACAUCCCCCGGUGCUUCUUUCGGUAAUGUGCUUUGCAUUAGCUAUGGAAUUAGCAAAGACAACUGCUGGAUUACUUUUAAUGGGCAAAAUCUCUUGUCCCUACCAAUAGAGUAUCGUCCUACAAGGUUCGCAGUCUUUGGCAACACGCUUGCCAUUGGUUGCUCUGUCGGUAAUGUCUUGAUCCUGCGGAUUAUAUAUGAAAACUAAGGUCAAUUCAAAUUGUUCUUCCUUUUCUCAUCUCUUUACGAAGGAGGGCACAAGGGUAGCUUCCAUAUUUAUAAUUCAAGUUCUGGUUGGUAGAAGUUUCUAUAACAUCCGAUAAGAACUAAAAACGGUGGUUAUUGUGCCAUUUUCUCAUUUUCCUUUAUACAUACUAUACGGUAACGUUCUUGCAUAAAGGAGGCGACACGAUCCUAAAAGUAAAUUUGUACGUAAUACUGCAGUACAGUAUACUGUAGUACAAUAUGGCUUAAUAUUACUGUAGAUAUGACUUGUUAAUCUGUUUGCACUGUACGACACGAAUUGUAGAGCUGACUCGAAAGUACCAAAACCGAACUACCCCAUUAAGGGCACUGUGUCAGCCUCAAGUUCCAAAAUUGGCUGUUAUAAAUUGAAAAUCUGCCCCACAAGACUGGAAGCCA